CCCUCCCAGCGACUGAGCCGUGAGAGCCGCCAGGCGCCGCUCCCGUCACGUUUCUCUGCUGCACAAUAAUGUUAUCCAUGUUCUCCACGGCUCUAACUCGUCCAUCCUCUCCUGUAUCUUCGGCUUUGGAUUGAUUCUCCCGUCGAACAGUUCGCCAUGGCAACGGUGGUGAUGGAACAGAUCGGUCGCCUGUUUAUCAACGUGCAGCAGCUGCGGCAGAUCCCUCAGCUGCUCGAGUCGGCCUUUCCAACCCUGCCUUGCACCGUAAAGCUGUCCGACGUUCCCUGGGUGUUCCGCGAGCGCCACAUCCACACGGGGUACAGACAGCCGGACCUGAGCUGGCGGUACUACUUUCUCACCCUCUUCCAAAGGCACAACGAGACCCUCAACGUGUGGACCCAUCUGCUGGCUGCCCUCAUCAUCUUGGUGAAGUGGCAGGAGAUCUCGGAGACGGUGGACUUCUUGCGAGAUCCUCACGCUCAGCCCCUCUUCAUCGUGCUCCUGGCAGCUUUCACCUACCUCUCAUUCAGUGCUCUCGCUCAUCUCCUCUCUGCCAAGUCGGAGCUCUCCUACUACACCUUCUACUUCCUCGACUACGUGGGGGUUGCCGUUUACCAGUACGGGAGUGCUCUGGCACACUACUACUAUGCUAUAGAGAAAGAGUUGCACACUACUGUGCAAGGGUUCUUUUUGCCCGCUGCGGCAUUCCUGGCUUGGCUCACGUGCUUCGGCUGCUGCUAUGGCAAAUAUGCCAGUCCCGAGCUGCCCAAGCUGGUCCUCAAGCUCUUUCAAGUGGUGCCCUCAGCCUUGGCUUACUGCUUAGACAUCAGCCCCGUAGUCCAUCGCAUUUACAGGUGCUACCAGGAGGGCUGCUCCGACCCGAUUGUGACGUACCACUUCUACCACGUGCUCUUUUUCUUAAUCAGCGCCUAUUUCUUCUGCUGCCCUCACCCAGAGAGCUUGUUCCCUGGGAAGUGUGACUUCAUCGGGCAGGGUCACCAGAUCUUUCACGUGUUUGUGGUGGUUUGCACCCUGGUGCAGAUUGAAGCGCUGCGAACAGACUUCACAGUGCGCCGCCCCUUGUACGAGCGUCUUCACGGGGAUCUCGCGCACGACGCUGUGGCGCUCUUCAUCUUCACUGCCUGCUGCAGCGCCCUCACCGCGUUUUACGUGCGCCAGCGCGUGCGGGCCUCUCUCCACGAGAAGGAAGAGGCUGGAACUUCAGCUUUUGCCUUUUCACAUCCCGUGAUGUCAGUGCUUUGCGUGAAUCAUUUUCAUUGUUGGUCGAUCAGAUUCGAGUCGUGGAAAAAGGAAAAAGCUGCGUCUGACCUGCUUUUAGUAUGUUUUGGUUUUUUUUGUAUGAUGAAUAUGUAUGUGCCUCUACGCAUGUCUUUUGGUAUAUACCGUGGAUAAUAAGUGUGUGAAUGUCUAUGAAAGCUUAGCCUUGCACUUCUUUCUUACCCUGUAAAUAGCUGUAUUUCUCUUGAAAUUUUCUUUGCAUCCCAUUUUCUCCCCACCUGAUGGCAUUUGGAGCUGAAUGCGCAAUAUUUUUCUGUGGAAUACAGCACAUUACUCUUUUGCUGCUUCCUUUCAGAGCGUGUUUUGUGUCCUCCUGCCCAUCAGACUGUAAUGGGUAUGAAUAUUGUAAUUUCAUACUGCCGCACUCUGAAGAGUCCUCUGGUUUAUCUCUUUGGUUAAUGGCAGUUCUUAUAAAAAUAUCUCACAAAUAUGGCUUCUGUGAUAACGCCGCUUGGAUUUUUAUCUCACAAAAUCUCAAAUGCCAGAAAUGAUCUAUAUUAAUGACUGCACUCCUUGUUCAUGACGGUGCUUUAAUGUGCCAAUGAAUCUGUUAUUGCUUCAGGGAUGGCUUUACUGAAAGAUGAAUGAACAGACAGAAUGCAAGACAUCGAUUUGAGUGGAGAUUUAACCAUAAUUCUCUUGAUUAUAAACCUUCUAACUGGUCUCAUCAUGCACUGUCUAAAUCCACACUGUAUAUAUUUAUAUAUAUAUAUAUAUAUAUAUUGUAGCUGACAGCACUGGCUGUGUUUACAUGCAUGGAGGCUGAUAAUGCGGUUAUUCUGGUUUUCUCCUCAAAUGUCAUAAAUCAGAAUAACGUGGUUAAGUCUGUACUCCUGCUGAGAGAAAUUAUGUUGUGAAGCUCUUGUGUAUAAAACAGAUUUUCCGCACACAGUCUACAAUCUAAUGCUUCACUGAAAUGAUCCAUUAUGGGCUAAUCAUUUCUAAUUGGCAACCAAUGUCUCUGAAACCUCUGCACAGCCCUAUCUGUAACAUAAGGGUGUUGUUGUGACCAUCAAAGGGACCAAAACAACUACUUUAUAGAUUAUAAUGUCUUUCCUUUGUGUUAGAGAGAACUUAACUUUCUUGAAACUGGAGGGGAACAGUUACAAAGUAACAAGUAUUUUUUUGCUUAACUGAUUAUUUGUGGCAACAAAGACACUCUGUCACAGGUUGUCUGCGAUACGUGCCGAUUAAACCGGAGAUCUUAACUGGAAUAAGGCCAGCACUCCAUGCAAGCGUGUGUGUGUGUGUGUGUGUGUGUGUGUGUGUGGGUGUGUGUGUGUGUGUGUGUGUGUGUGUGUGUGUGUGUGUGUGUAUGUUCAAACGUAGCCUCUGAUACUACUGAGGGUUUCCCUUUAUCCUGUUCAGAAAAGUAGGUUGAAAGGGACGAGAAUGUCUUCUGCCUCUAAAAAUACGUGUAACUGACUGUACUAAUAUUCUGUUGUAUUUAAGAAAAUAAAGUGUUACGGUACAUUCAGAAA